GUAAAUUUAUUUUUGAGUGGCCGUUGCAGUUACGAUGAAUGCAAAAUAUUACUUCAGAUGAAAAAUAAAUUAAAUAAUAUUAUGACAUCAGUUAUCUACUUCUAAAAUAACUUCCAACUUCCGGAAAUGAAACUUGGGUUGAUAAAUUGAGGCAUGAUAUACUAAAGAAAUAUGAUAAAUGGACAAGACCAACAGAGCAUUAUAAUAAAACAACCUUAUCUGUCCACCUCAGCAUAUUUCACGUUGAAAUCGAUAGUAAAAAAAGUAUGAUGACUGUUAAUUCUUGGGUGCAUUUGAAUUGGGAUGAUGCGAAAUUAAAAUGGACACCCGAGAACUAUGGAGGCAUUAAAGAUUUAACACUUAGACUUCACGAGUUGUGGUUACCUGAUUUGUAUCUUUACAAUAGUGCUCUCCAUGAAACUGAAGAUUGGAAAAGCAGACAAUGCAUUGUACACUAUGACGGAAAAGUAACUUCAACCGCGUCUACUAUUUUUUUCAGUUACUGUGAAUUAAAUUUAAUUUUAUGGCCUUUUGAGACAAACAUUUGUGUUUUAAAUUUGGGUUCGUGGUCUCACAAUGGCAAUGAAAUUGACGUGAAAUUUAAAAAUAAAGGAUAUGAUCUACAACAUUAUACCGGCGGGGAAUGGAAAAUUCUAAAUAUUUCAGCUCAUCGAAGAGUGCACAUAUAUUCUUGCUGUCCAGAACCUUACAUUAUUUUAGACUAUUAUUUCAAAAUAUCAAGGAUUUCAGAAUUGAAUUACCAUAUUGUAUUCAUUGUACCAAUACCGAUUAUAUUCAUGGUUUUAAUAACUUUUUGGUUGAAACCACAAAGUGAAAUAAAGUUGGUACUGAAUAUUUGUGCGAUCAUAAUCAAUAUUUUAAUUAUGUUAUAUUUUGGUCUUGAAAUACCACCAAAAAUUGAAAGUAUGCCACUAAUAGUUACAUUUUUUAGCUCUUGUCUACUACAAGUUACAAUUUCUAUGAUUAUUUCAAUUUUUGUCAUUCAUAUUUCUACAACAUUCUAUAAUCGGCCAAUUCCAAGACGAAUAAAAUCAAUACUGUACGAUCGGUAUGGAAGAUAUUUUGGAUUAUGCAAUGUAAUUAACGAGAUCGAAAAUCAAAAAUUUUCAGAUCUUCAUGAACCGCAAAAUAAUCGUGCUACAGACACUACAAUGUCAUCAAUUCAUACCAAUGGAGAUGAACAAUCGAUCAUUUCUCAAUCAAGAAAUGUGAUGAGACUAGAAUGGUUAUUGUUAGCUACUUUUAUUGACCGUGUUUCAUUCAUACUUAUUGCUGUUGUUUUUAUAUUCACUGCAUUAGCUUACAUUCGAUUAACUAGGGGGAAUUUUAUGAAUAAAUCAGAAUAAUACUUGAAAAAAUAUUCAGAAUUUUUUUGGCAUUACAGUAUAAUUGUAUGAUAACAAUUUUACAUUAUUUUAAGUAGAUUCACUGAAUAUACUAACUCAUGUUAUGCAUACAUUAAACAGAAUACAAUCAGAUCUUCAUCGGAGAAAGUAAAAUUAUACACUUGUUAUGAGCUGGAACUAAAAUAUGGUUGAUUAAAUACUUGUACAACUGCAUGUAAUCAUAUAUU